UCCGGAUUUUUGACACUAUCUAACGUGUAUAAAAGUAGUGUGAAGUUUUGUUCGCUGUGUACUCAAAGAAUGUGUUAAAAUAAUAAUUGUUCGAAUUAUAAAAUAUAAAUCCAAUAGAAAUUAUUAAGUUUCUGCUACUUAAUAUACGUCUAUUAAACUAAUUCUUAUCAAUAUAUCAUUUAUAAAAAUGGAUAUUAAAAUGUGGUUCACUAUCACUGUAAUUUUUAGUAUGGUAUCUUUUAUAACAGCUUUAAAAGAAGGAGAAUGCGAAGUAUGUGUAACUACUGUAAAUAAAUUUGUUGAAACUUUAACAAAUGAUAUUAAAGCUGAUCCCAAAAAAAUAGAAUCAGAGUUCAAAGAAUUUUGUAAAACUACAAAGUCAAAAGAAAACAGAUUUUGCUAUUACUUAGGUGGUUUAGAAGAAUCUGCAACAGGCAUUUUGGGAGAACUUAGUAAACCAGUGUCUUGGUCUAUGCCUGCAGAUAAGAUAUGUGAAAAAUUAAAGAAAAAGGAUCCACAGAUAUGUGAUUUACGAUAUGAAAAACAAAUAGAUCUUAGAACAGUGGAUUUGAAAAAGUUAAAAGUAAGAGAUUUGAAAAAAAUUUUAAAUGAUUGGGAGGAAUCGUGUGAAGGAUGUAUAGAAAAGACAGACUUCAUUAAACGGAUUGAAGAACUUAAGCCUAAAUAUUCAAGCAAUUCUAAAACAGAGCUUUGAAGAGAGCUCUAAGAUAUAAAUAAAUAAUUAAGAUAUAACUCAAUUAUGCAUUAUUCUGUUUGGCAGGAAAAUUAAUAGCAAUAUUUAAAAUAUGUGUAUAUUUAAUAUUUAUGUACUUUGAUACAAUUUCUUUUUGAAAACGUUUGAUUUGUGAAAGAACAUUAGAAAUUAUUAAUUUAUAUUAAUUUUGUUUCAUAUUGUAUUAUUUUUUAAACAAUUGCUCAACCUUGUGGUCAUCAUAGGACAUUUUAAAACAAAUUAAAAAUAACAUGUUAAUUAUUUAAUUAUUUUUGUUUUUCUCUCUCUUUGAUGAGGCUAAAAAUGAAUAUAAACUAAGAUUAUCAGAUGGUGCUUCAUUUAUACAAUAUUCAUAGAUAUAAUUUUAAAAUGUAAGUUUUUCAAAUUGGAAUAUUUUAUAUUUUCUAUUUUCACUGCCCUUCCUCUAAUAGUCUGAUACAAAAAAUCAUCUUAAUGUAAGGUACACAUCACUAUAUUUAGAAUUAAA